GAAAAUACAAUACACGCACACACACCAGCAGGCAUAGACACAGACGAAAGAAGCAGCAGUAGCAGUAGAAGAGAAUGCGAAUAAGAACUGCGUAUAUGUAUGUGGAAAUACAAAACAGCAGACACAGCGAACGACGAACAGUGUGCUUUUUCGGCAUAGAUCUCGGGCUUCAGACGCAAUAAAACGCACAAUUUAAUCGAAUAACGGCAACAAGCAAAUCGCUGACAUUAAUUGUGAUCAAAACAGCUGUGGAAGUGGAAAGGGUACAAGAAAAGUAAUCAUAAAGUGUGAAAGGUCAGCAGCAGCAGGAACAUUUCGCUGUAUAUAAAAUUGUGUGUGCAUGUCGUGUGUGUGUGUGUCUUGUGUUAAUGUAUGUGUAUGUGUGUCUAGCUGUCACUUUCUUGCGCGCGCACAAGACAUACACAAAUUGAAAUCAGCGACCAUCCCGUCCCUCCCCCACAAAUGAAUUGAAAGACAUAAAAACUUGACGUACGCGCCCGGUUCCGGUACCAUCGCCGUCGACGUUGCUGUCGUUUUCGUCGCCAACGCCGCUGUUCGGUUAACCGUCCCCUCAAAAUCCAACAAGCAACAAACACAACACUCAGUUGAAAUUGCAUAUAAAAAGUGGAAGUGUGCGUUCCCGUUUCCCCAAGCCGCUGUUAUUGUGUCGUUCUCGUUCGCAUUCGCAUUCGCGUUCGCGUUGUUGCUGCAUUUUAUUUUGUUUUGUGCUGCUGCCAAAGAUCCAUCAUUCACAUCCAGCUUCCAGGCAUUUAGUGCAGGCACCGGUGUCAUUGCUGCUGUUUACAUGUGGAAACCGUUGUGCAGAAACGCUGGCUGACAACAAAAACAAACGACAGACACAUCAACAGAGAGAGAGAGAGAAUCCACAAAAACCAUCAAAAACAAGUGGAACAGUGUUGGAUAACACGCAGCCAAGUUCAUUCCAGACUGUGUAACAGAAGGAGAAGGAGGAACUACAGCAGGUGGAGCAACGGAGCAACAGCAGCAUUACAAAAGGAUUUAGUUUAGACUGGAGGGCAUUAGGCGGAGUGACGGUGGGCCAGAGGCACAUUUCAUUUUUUGGUUGGAAGUUGUGACCACAGCUUUGUUUGUGUGCGUGUUUCUGUGCGUGUGUCUGUGUGGUAGACGUGAGCGGGGAAGGGGCGCGGUCUAGGUGUCCAGCAGUCGUCCAGUGUUGUGAGAUGUUGCCAUUCACUCCGCAAGUGGUUAAACGUUUGUUAGCACUUAAAAAGGGCAACGAGGACAACAGCGUCGAGGGCAAGUGGUCCGAGAAGGCAGUGAGGAAUCUGGUGAAGAAAAUCAAAAAGAGUUCACAAAUUGAGGAACUGGAACGCGCGAUAUCCACACAGAAUUGCAAUACCAGGUGUGUGACUGUGCCGCGCAGCAAACCCGCUGCCACCGGCGAAAGCCUGCGAAAGGGUCUACCACACGUCAUCUAUUGCCGCCUAUGGCGUUGGCCCGAUCUGCAGUCACAGAAUGAACUGAAGCCGCUGGAUCACUGCGAAUACGCGUUCCAUUUGCGCAAAGACGAUAUCUGCAUUAAUCCGUAUCAUUAUAAAAAGAUUGAGCUAUCGAUAUUGGUGCCAAAAUCGCUGCCAACGCCACCCGAUUCGAUAGUCGAUUAUCCGCUGGAUAAUCAUACGCAUACGCAUCAGAUACCAAAUAAUACGGAAUAUAAUGCUGCAAUAAUACGCAGCGCAUCGUUGAGUCCGCCACAGUAUAUGGAAUUGGGUGGUGGUGGUGGUGGUAUUGGUGGUGGCAACAGCAACAGCAGCGUUGGCAGCAGCAGCACAACAACAACAACAGCAUCAGCAGCAUCGGCUGCAGCAGCAGGAGCAACUGCUGCCACUGGUAGCCACUAUCAGCAGCAGCAACAACAUCAACAUCAUCUUCAACAACAACAGCAGCAACAACAACAACACUCGCCAUUAUCAUUUGGUGUGGGCAACAUGGACUCACAAUCGAGUGUAUUGAGUGUGGGCAGCAGCAUACCCAAUACGGGCACACCGCCACCAGGGUAUAUGAGCGAAGAUGGCGAUCCAAUUGAUGCCAAUGAUAAUAUGAACAUGUCGAGGCUAACACCGCCCGCCGAUGCCGCACCAGUGAUGUACCAUGAGCCGGCCUUCUGGUGUUCCAUAUCCUAUUAUGAGCUAAAUACACGGGUGGGCGAAACCUUUCACGCCUCCCAGCCAUCGAUAACGGUUGACGGCUUCACCGAUCCAUCCAAUUCGGAGCGUUUCUGUUUGGGCCUACUCUCCAAUGUCAAUCGGAAUGAGGUGGUCGAGCAGACGCGUCGACAUAUCGGCAAAGGUGUACGUCUCUAUUAUAUUGGUGGCGAGGUGUUUGCCGAAUGCCUCAGCGAUUCAUCCAUCUUUGUGCAGAGUCCCAAUUGUAAUCAACGUUAUGGUUGGCAUCCGGCCACAGUUUGUAAAAUUCCACCCGGUUGCAAUUUGAAGAUCUUCAAUAAUCAAGAGUUUGCCGCACUUUUAUCGCAAUCCGUAUCGCAGGGAUUUGAGGCGGUCUAUCAGCUGACACGCAUGUGCACCAUCCGGAUGUCGUUUGUCAAGGGUUGGGGUGCUGAAUACCGUCGACAGACGGUCACCUCAACGCCCUGCUGGAUUGAGUUGCAUCUGAAUGGACCGCUCCAAUGGCUGGAUCGGGUACUCACCCAAAUGGGUUCGCCCCGCUUGCCCUGCAGCUCCAUGUCAUAAGUGUGUGUGUGUGUGUGUGGCAUGCAACAGCCACAAUCCAACAAACAAUGCAACAAAGCUCUUCGAUCGAUCUAUAUAAUACUUUUAUAUGUACAUGCACUAUAAAUCCUAUAUUUUUUUUUUUUUUAACAUUUACACAAAAUAUGUAAUGUUUAGUAUCGAAAACAAAACGUAAAAAGAAAAAGAUACAUUUAAAAAAAGUGAGCACUUGAAAAUAAGUGUUGCUCAGAUACAGAUACACAGAAAUAUAUCUAUCUAUCUAUAUAUAUAUAUAUAUAUGUAUACAAAGAGAACUUCUAUAUAUCUUCAUCUACAUACAUACAAAUACAUAACAUACAAGAUCAUGUAUUUUGCGUAGGACUUUAGUGUGUAGGCAUAGCAGGGCAGGAAGUCGGGGGGAACGAUAGAUCAUGAGAGAUGAUGAGACAGAGAAUUGAGAUUGAGAGACAUGAAAGCCAAAACUUUUGAUAAGAAUGGGGCAGCUCCACAUUUUAAAGCAAAACUCGACAUUUUAUACACAACAUUUGUAAAACAUAGAACAUAGAGAAACAAAAACAAAUAGAGAUGCUGUGUAACAGUGUUGCACAACGCGCUCACGCGAUAGAGAUUCAAAAUUCUUUGUGAAAGAAACAAAACUUCAGGUGAUUUGGGAAACGUUUUUUCUAAGAUUGAGCAUAGCACGGAACAAAAACAAAACAACAGAAACUGGGAUUUAUCAAGCUUGAAGCUUACACACAUACACACACACAAUACAUAUGAGCUAUCUUGCAAAACAAAUUAUAUAUAUAUAUAUAUAUAAUAUAUAAAUAUUUUAAAAUGAAAAUAUGUCAUAUGAAUGUUGUUCUAACGUUUAGAUUCUUCGCUUAGUAUGUGUGUGUUAAAAUCUUAAAUUAACAGUAAUUAAGCAACAAAAAGGAAGCACGCAUAGUUCGUUUUAAGUCAAAAAAAAAAAAAACAAAAAACAAAUCAAAGAAAAAACAAAUGUAACUUGCCCUAUAAAUAUACAGUUACUCAAGUAACUGCUUUGACAAAUUUUAAAAAUUCGCCUAUUUUAUUUUCCAAACAUUUCUUGGUUUGUUUUUCUAAUUUUUAAUCCAUUGGGUUGAACUAUUUAAAAAAAAAUUAUUUUAUAUUAUUAUUGUUAAAUCAAUUACUUGACAUACUGUAUGUAUGUAACUGCACACUGUAAGCAAACCUAACCUCAUACAAAAAUGUGUGUAAUUUCAGUUAAAGUCAAAAUAUAAUAUUUAAAUAUUUGAAAUGACAAAGAAGUGCAACAACUUAGAAACUUGUGUAUACACUCAAAUGCAAGAUAAUGCGAUUUAUAUUGCGACUGAACCGAGUCUAAUAUUGAUAAUGCAACCCCCUUUACAGUGCCUGGUAUAAGUACACAAAUAGGGGCAAAUUUAUUUAGUUUAUAACCAAGUGUGCAGUUAUUGUGUGGCAAGUUGACUUGUUUUUUUUUUUUUUUUGUCUUUCCUUUGAUUUUAGAUCUUAAGUCUCUACAACUAAAUUCGCUAGCUUAUUUAAAAUGCGUGUGUAUGUUGACUAUGUCAUAGAAAUCUAAAAUCUUUUUAAGUUAUAAAUUUAAUACUGUUCUUUGUUUACAUAUUUUUACCAUAUAUUAUUUCUUCCUCUGUUACAAAACUAAAAGCAAAAUAUUAAAGGAAAUUAACAGUCGUGUGUCAGUGUUGCACAACAACAAUGUCAUUUAAAUGCUGCAUUUUGUUGUUGCCGUUACAAAGCUUACAAUGUAUUUUGUAUUUGUAUUCGUUAAGCUGCGCUUUGACAGUUGUCAGCGUUGCCACUGCGUGUAUGCAAGGCUCGGCUUAGUGUUGCCAGAGUUGUUUGCUGCGCACGGCAGUUGAGCUUGAACAAAAGCUCGAUUACACACACUCACACAUAGUACCACUCACAGACACAUCUAAGUAUGUAUAUGCAUAUUUUUGCUAAAAUGUAACAGAUGUAAUGUUAUAAUAAUUAAGAGAAAUAGAGAAAGGCAGACAUCAUAACUUACAUACUUAUGAAAAACAGUAGAACAGAACCAAACGUAAGUGCAAAACGAAACAAAA